AUGCUGUACCUCGACUACCUCUUGCGGGACACCCUUCCUGACGAGACCAUCGAGGCACGCUACCUCACCAGAUGCGCGAAGGCCUUCGUGGUCAUCGGGGAAGAGCUCUACAAGCGCAGCCCAUCUGUGUGGGACCUUGAUCUAGUCGGGCCCUUCAAGAGAGUGCCCAGGGGCUACACCCACCUCCUCGUGGCGGUGGAUAAAUUCACCAAAUGGAUCGAGGCAAAGCCCAUCACCAAGGUCAUGUCCGUGGAAGCCGUCGAGUUCUUCCUCGACAUCGUCUACCACAUUCAGUUCAUGGGGAGAAAAUUUCUGCGUUUCUACGAUGACUACCACAUUCGAGUUGAUUGGGCCUCUGUAGCCCACCCCCGCACCAACGGGCAGGUCGAGCGGGCCAAUGGCAUGGUCUUGCACGGCCUCAAGCCUCGCAUCUUCGAUAAGCUCAAGAAGUUCACGGGGCAGUGGGCCGAAGAGGUGCCUGCAAUGCUUUGGAGCCUAAGAAUGACCCCGAACAGGUCUACAGGCUUCACACCCUUCUUCAUGGUGUAUGGCACCGAAGUCGUCCUCCCAACCGACCUCGACUACGAGAUGCCCCAAGUCAAGGCGUACGAUGAGUUUCACACCCAGUUUUAA